AAGGUGGUUGGUUUCUCCUUUGCAUGUCCAUAUGAGAGAGAACAAAAUUGCACUUAUUUUUCUUUUUAUCUAGUGAUCUGUAGCUUUGUGAUCUCCAAAUUCCUAAACUGGCAACAGCAUGCUCCCAAUCCUCCUCGCCACUCCACAAGAGGAGAAUACUGCUUACAAAACUCAGGUGUCCCGCAAUGCGAACAUAGCGAAACUUGAAGCUGGUUAUCUCUUUCCAGAGAUUGCUAGAAGAAGGGCUGAGCACUCGCAGAAGUACCCUGAUGCACAAGUAAUUAGCCUUGGGACUGGUAACACCACUGAGCCCAUUCCAGAAGUUAUAACCUCUGCAAUGGCAAAGAAAGCACACGCUUUGUCUACCCUAGAGGGUUACAGUGGUUAUGGAGCUGAACAAGGUGAAAAGCUGCUAAGAGCUUCAAUUGCCUCAACAUUUUAUGACAACCUUGGCAUCGUGGAAGAUGACAUCUUUGUUUCUGACGGUGCAAAAUGUGACAUAUCCCGCCUUCAGGUUGUUUUUGGGUCUAAUGUUACAAUGGCAGUGCAAGAUCCAUCUUAUCCGGCUUAUGUAGACUUGAGUGUUAUCAUGGGCCAGACUGGACAGUAUCAGAAAGAUGUUGAAAAGUUCAGAAAUAUCGAGUACAUGAGGUGUACUCCUGAGAAUGGUUUCUUUCCUGAUUUAUGCGCUGUUUCUCGAACAGAUAUCAUAUUUUUUUGCUCUCCAAACAACCCUACUGGUUCUGCUGCAACAAGGGAGCAACUGACUCAACUUGUACAGUUUGCUAAGGAGAACGGGUCAAUCAUAGUAUACGAUUCGGCAUAUGCCAUGUAUAUGUCAGAUGACAAUCCACAGUCAAUCUUUGAAAUCCCUGGAGCUAAAGAGAUUGCAAUUGAGACAUCAUCGUUCAGUAAGUAUGCAGGAUUCACAGGAGUUCGUUUGGGGUGGACUGUUGUUCCAAAGCAGUUGCUCUUUUCAGAUGGAUUCCCUGUUGCCAAGGACUUCAACCGCAUUGUUUGUACUUGCUUCAAUGGUGCAUCCAAUAUAUCCCAAGCUGGCGGUCUUGCUUGCCUUUCGCCAACAGGCCUUAAGGCUAUGCGCGAGGUGAUUGGUUACUACAAGAAAAAUGCUGAAAUAAUUGUGGAGACGUUCGAGUCUCUUGGUUUUAAGGUGUAUGGAGGGAAGAAUGCACCCUUUGUGUGGGUGCACUUCCCUGGCCGAAGCUCAUGGGAUGUGUUCAGUGAGAUUCUUGAGAAGACUCACGUGGUCACCAUGCCUGGAAGUGGUUUCGGACCUGGGGGUGAAGGUUUCGUCAGGGUUAGCGCGUUUGGUCACCGGAAAAAUGUAUUAGAAGCUUGCGAAAGAUUCAAGCAAUUAUACAAUAUUUGAUCCGAAUAUAAAAUCGAGACUUGCCUCCGUUUAUGUUCAAUGUUGAACGAGGAGCCGUAUGAGGUGAAAAUCUCAUGUAUGUGAGUAGCAAACUUAAGUUCCAUUUCCUAUUGAUUUGUGGAUUCUGUAUCUUAGGAAUGCAAAGCAUUUUUCAGCUGC